UGAUGUUUCUACCAAUGAACAAUUGAGUGUAAUUGUUCGAAUGGACAAAGGGGAAAGUGUCAUUGAAAGACAGCUUGGGUUUGUUGAUGUUAGUUGUGAUAGGACUGCAACUGCUAUAUCAUCAGUGGUUAAGGGUUGGGAUGAUGAAACGUUAAGUAAGGUUACUGGUUUACUUGGCUACCUUAAUGGCUUCUUGUUUUGUUUCUUGGUACAUGUUUUCCAGAGAAUUCUUGAGCAGUCAUCCAUACUUUAUUCUAUCUUGCAAGACAAGGACACUGACUUUCAUUAUGGAAUGAGUAGGUUUGAGAGAUUCAAGGCCUUUGUUGCUUCUCUGAGAAAUGAUACAGAAUAUUGUCAGGUGUACGACCUGGCUGUUGAGAAAGUGGGACCACCAGUAACCAGGGUGUUUAAGAUGUGGAAAGGUGAAGUGCCCUCAGAAAAGAUAAAUCUUCUAAAGGAGUUCCAUUAUCAAUCUAGUAUUCCAGAAGUUGUAAAACUGUUAAAGAUAAAUGGGGUUUUGUCAAUUACAAGUGCUUCAGUUGAGAGGUCAUUUUCUUGUUUGAAGAGGGUAAAAAAAUUAUCUUAGAAAUACUAUGAGCCAAGGACGUUUUAGUUCUCUUUGCAGGAUUUCCAUUCACAAAGACAUACUGUCAGAGAAAGAAGACGCCAACACAUUGCAUGAUGAUGUAGUAAAGAAGUUCAUUGAAAAACCACGAAGACUUGCUUUCUUAUACAAAUAGGUAUUCAUAUAUGGCUGAUAGCAAGCUGAUGAUGUCUUACGUCCAUGGCAUGUGAGAAUUUUUCCGGGAACUUUUUAAUGCAGUCAAUGAUGAUUGUCAUUUCAGCACGACAAUUUCAUCACAACUUUUGAUAGUUGUUGAUGACAAAUCUGAGCCUUUCGGUUCUUUUGUCAAAGUUUCUUUACAAGAUGUACAUAGGUAUCUAUUUAUGUAUGUGGUGUUGAGAAAAUAAAUCACAUAUCUGCAACUAUUUUUGAACUGUUUCUCUGCUUUACUAUAAGAUCCUUCGGCAAUUUAAAAUAACCAAAAUGGUUCUAUUUCCUGCAUA